AUGGCCAGCAAAUUCUCGGUAUCGCCAAUUGCCAUGGCCUUUCUCGCAGGCCUGGGCUCAGCCGCUGAUGUACUCAAGCUCAACGCGCCGACAUCCUUGGCCGGGGCUUCCAUUGAGCACUUGCCGUCAUUCUCGCCCCUUUCCAUUGAGCCAGCCUUUUGGGUAGAGUUUGUUGGAAAUGCAAGCGAGCCCAAUGAGCUCUACAUGAAGCUCAUUUCAAAUAUAGUAGAGCGUGGGGGGCAACCCAUUAUCCGCCCAGGCGGCAACACCAUGGACAGUAUGAUUUUCGACAGCAACGGCGGAGAUCCGGUACGUACAAUGGGCACAGCUGGCGAAGUGUAUCGCACCACAGUUGGUCCUGCUUACUAUGAGAGCUGGGCAAAUUUCCCAGACGAGGUCUUGUUUAUUUCGACGCUCAAUUUUGGCAAUGACAGCCUACAAAUUGCUCAGGACUUGGCGGUUGCCUCGGUGAAAUAUCAAGCUGAGAGGGUCAAGUCCUUUGAGCUUGGUAACGAGCCCAACUGGUACCCGUCAACUCGAUGGAAUUACAGCACAGACAACUAUGUCUCGCAGUGGAAGAACUGGACAGCAAGUAUCGAUCAGGCUAUUGAUACAGCUGCAGAGGAGGAGAAUAUAGCGUUUCCGGAUACAAGAUGGGUGGCGUCGUCUGCCACCACGGACGAUGCAAGUAUUCAGAUUCGACCUGUCAACAUCAUCCCCGCUGGGAUAGACUCCGAGAACCAGGUGCAGCAAUAUUCUAUACACUCCUACGUGUACAACACCUGUAGCGCUGCUGGCGCCGCGAUAUCGACCAUUGAGAAUCUAUUGAACCACACCCGUAUCAUUACAUUUGCUGUCGAGAGGGUUCUACCCUCUGCAACAGCAGCGCUUGAAUCGGGCAAGCAAUGGAUCAUGGGAGAGUUCAAUUCCGUGGCGUGUUCGGGCAAGCCCAAUGUCACGGACACAUUCACGCAGGCGCUAUGGGUCAUUGACACCGAGCUCACGUAUGCCACACUCAAUGCGUCCUCGGUCCAUUUGCAUCAAGGCGCCACCCUGGUGCUCCAGAGCAGCACGCAGACCAACACGCCGGGCUACUCUGCCUACAGUUGGGUUUAUCCUCGUGAUAGCGACAAAUGGGGAGAAGCUCGUGCCCUGCCUAGCUACGCUGCCAUGUUGUUCCUAGCUGAAGUAUUUGCCCAGCCCAAGACGCGCGUAUUAUCUCUGGAGGCUGCUCAGGGCGUCGAUCAGGAUCGCUUCUCAGCCUAUGCUACUUAUGUCGACGACAAACUUUCGAAAAUCAUCCUCUUGAAUCUGGAGCCAUACUAUUCCAACUCGACGAGCGAUUUUACUAUCAACUUGGACAUUUCCGAGUUUCUCCCAGCGGGAAAUGCAUCUGCUUCAGUAAAGAGACUUACAGCCCCGUCCGUGGAUGAGCAGGAUACAAGCCAGGUUUUGUGGGCUGGUCAAUCUUUCAAGUAUGGAGAUGCAAGCGGAAAUUUGACGAUUGAAAAAGUAUCAGCAAGCAAGAUUGUGAACAUCAGAGGUAGUGAGGCGAUCCUGGUGGAACUAUAG